AUGUUUCAGCACAGCAGUGGGAUCAACGAGAAUGGGCUCACCGAGAGUGGAGUGGGCUUCACGUCGUCGCUGGCUCGCCGCGGGAAGCAGUACGUUGUACGCCACGCCACCGCGGAGGUCGCUCGUCCCUCGGCGGUCGACCAACGCCAUCGCCGCGUGCAGCACAACGCCUUCGCGCGCAGCCUUGGUUACGCUAAGCUGACACACGAAUCGUGCUGCGACAUGGGAAGGGGGAAGCUACCGGCCAUGACCGCCGCUUGCCAAAGCUGGUUCGCCGCCGCCGUCGACGACAGUGAGGGAGAGCAGAGGACAGACAGGGAAUGA